AUGGCAAGCCCCGGCAAUGACUUGUCUCGAUUUGCUGGCCUUCGAUAUCUGGGCCAUGGGUUUGUCAAGUCAGCUGUAUUCACUUUCCACUUUAAUGGGGUCCACGUCCAAGUUGUUGUGGCCAGCCCUGAGGAUGAGGCUGGCGGCGACACUCUUGUCCCUCCUUCCUACAACUUCCUCGAGUCUGUAGAGGGCAAAUUCCUGAGCGAGAUGUCGGAACUUUCCUGGGGUGAAUUUGACGAGGAACGAGACAAAGCGACAGAGCGUCUUGAAGACCAGCUCGAAAAGCUGUUGCAGGAUGCAUGCCUCCAGACCAUGGAGCAGCUCGCGCCGAGUCCCGUUCCGGCCAACCAGACACUGCAUGGGUAUCUCUAUCCCCAGACCUAUGCCCUGCAGGCUUUCACCGAUUUUGAGACGAGCCGUCUGGUAUGCCGCCCAGGGGACGGCCAUCCUGCAAUGCCUGAGCGCCAUCCGCCUGUUUCCGAGCAGCAGUUGAGCGAGAUGGGGCUUGACCUGGCCACUACUGAUAUUCCUAUCGUCGAGGCGUCGCAAGUCAUCCUGGUCCGCCGCCUACAGCGUCUUGUUUGGAAAGUAACUGUGAAUGGGGAAGAGAUGAUCUGCAAAGCAUCGAGCGACGUGUUCUGCCAUGCGGUGCCAAACGAGCUUCAGGCGUAUCUCAAGAUUCGGUCUGCUAGGGCCGAGUUGAAUGUUCCCGAGCUAAAAGGACUUGUGGUAUCCCACCGGGGAGUGAUCGGCAUUCUUCUUGGAUACAUCCCACACAAACACCCGAGUUUGGCCGCUUUAUUGCACAUGGACAGUGUCGCCACGGGCUCCAUCCCACCAGACGAAAACACGGCAUCCCUCAGGCGCAAGUGGGCAACGCAGAUCGAAAAGACUUUACGGGGCCUGCACGACCUAGGAAUCCUGUGGCGGGACCUCAAAACCGACAAUGUUCUCAUCAACGAGGACGGGGACGCUGUUCUUCUUGACUUUGGUGGGGGGAAUACGCAUGGCUGGGUUGACCAUGACAAGUAUGGAACCAUGGAGGGCGAGGAGCAAGGGCUCAAGAAGAUAAUGGAGGAACUCAAGGUCGCAGGCGUUGAAGGACAAUAG